CAAAGUGCCUGACACACUACUCAUUAUCAUAAUCCAUAACUAUCUUCCAGAGAGGAUGUUGAUUCUCGUAGAAUCAAGUAGCACAAUGAUUCCGAGGAAAGGAUUCGUAUUACAUCUUGUAAGAAACUACAGAAUGUGUAAUUAAUGGAUGAUUUAUUGGUGUAGACUAGUCGUUCCUGUAAAAGUAGAAAUGAAACUCGUCAUUUGGAGCAAUGCUCAAGAUAAAUGGGACAACCUGUGACGUUUGACAACUUGUCGAUGUUGAUCAUAUGUGGUGCCAACGUGAGCAAAGUUAUCGGUUUUCAAUUGGAGAACUUUGAAGGUGUACAAUAAUGGUAAAAGUAUGGUUUAAUUGAAAGUAAAUGAAUUGAGGUAGAGAGUAGAGUAAUAUUUAAUUUGAAAGUAGUAAACGGUUGUGAAGUAUUCAUCAGGUAAGACUAUGGUGUUUCAGUGGAUUUUGCGUCAACAAUUGGUAACAGUGGAGACCGAUAUCGGUGAACGAGAAUACGGAUAGCUCGCACUUCCGUUACAUUUUAUUUGUGUGCCUGUCGUGUCGUGAAAAAGGAAAAAAAUCAAAUGAGGAUGCGCGUGCGGUCAUAGGUGCUAAGAGGACGAGGGAAAUUCUGAAGGGAGACGGAGGCUCGCCGCCCGAGGAAUGUGAGUUGGACGAAGGGCUUAGGAUAGUCCCACUGCUCGGUAUCAUGUCAGAUGGGGUCGAUGGCGGUGGUGGGGAAAACGAGGUAGACUCUCAUUCCUCGUCUCAUGCUGAAGCUGGUGAUUCUUCAAAUCAUAGGGAGGACGAGGCUUUGGAUCCUGACAAUGAAGCUGCACUUAAUACCAAUUAUGACAGCAGCGAUGGUGCUGUACCAGCCUUCAGGUGUGAACGCUGUGAUAACUAUGAAACUAUAAAUAAGACAGCUUUUUGUGCACACCAAGAUCAAUGUCUUGCUGGUGGUGAAGCUGGGGAAAGUGCUGAAGGCAUCGAGGGAACAGAAAAUGAUGGAGAUGCAGAAGAGGGACAUUCCGGACAUAGAUCGCACAGAAAGAUGUUUGAGUGUGAUGUCUGCAACAUGAAAUUUUCCAAUGGGGCCAAUAUGAGGCGGCAUAAAAUGAGACACACAGGAGUAAAACCAUACGAGUGUCGCGUGUGCCAGAAAAGGUUCUUCCGAAAGGAUCACUUAGCUGAACAUUUUACAACCCACUCUAAAACGUUGCCUUAUCACUGUCCAAUAUGUAAUAGAGGUUUUCAAAGGCAGAUAGCUAUGAGAGCACAUUUUCAGAAUGAACAUGUCGGCCAACACGACAUGGUCAAAUCAUGUCCAUUGUGUAACUAUCGAGCAGCUACUAUGAAGUGUCUCAGGCUACAUUUCUUUAACAGACACGGAAUAGACCUUGACAAUCCCGGACCAAACAGUUCGACCUCAAUAAUGAACAGUUGUACCCCAGGAGAAGCUAUGCCAUCAGCUCCGUUAUCAGAUAGCGGCGACAGUACGGGUAACAGAUCCGCUGACAACGUAACACCUCCUAUGCAUUUUCUUACCCCCCACGUUGAAAUAUCCAUUCCAUAUCCUGAGCAAGGAAACAACCAGCGCAACGCGAGUCCUACCCCAUUGAAUGGAGAUAGCCCAAAUAGUCCUCAAAGUGCUGACAGCAACAGCAAUGCUCCGAGCAGUAGUCAUCAUCAGCUACCAAUGAAUAGCAGUAUCAUUCACAGGCCGUUCCUUUUCAGAAACGUCGGUGGUGGCGAUGAAGCCAUCACUCCCUCGAUUUCCCUCAUUCCCAUAAAGCAAGAACCAAACAGCAAUGGAAUGGACGACAAUGGUGCAACGUCCAGCAGCUUACCAUUACCAUCCCUUAUAAAGGUUUCCCCAUUGAAAUCUUUAUUGCGAGAUGACCUUCGCCGUAAACUAUCGACAAGCUCGAGCAAUAAUAACAACAAUGGCUCGAACUCCAAUCCCCAUUCUAGGGGUGAACCACCGACCUCAACCAGACCGGAUCCACGUAGCAGCGGUCUACAGUGUACUCACUGCAGGAUAACAUUCCCUGACCAAACUUUGUACUUUCUCCACAAGGGUUGCCAUAGCGAAAGUAACCCUUGGAAGUGUAACAUCUGUGGGGAACAGUGCUGUAACCUUUAUCAGUUCAAUUCGCAUCUCUUGAGUAAGAGUCAUCAGUAAAUACAAGGAUUACGACGUGGGGCUAAAUGAUGGCGGCGGUGGUGUCCCUGCUUCAAGGUGUGUAUCGGUGAGUAAACGCCACUAACUAAAAAGUAUUCAUCGAGAAAAGGAAAAAAGAAACUCAAGACGAAGAUACCUAGAACUGUUAAAGACAUUUUUUACUUGUUUCGGACAUCAUCGGUAAACGGGACAAAUUGUGCCUUUAGAUUGUAUAAAAUAGGGAGAAGUAAAAUUGUGAAGUUAAGUUUGAUCAAGCAGAAAUAAGGGUGGAAUGAAAGAGGGAGAAAAAAUGUAAUUUGCCAACUUACUCGUCCAUCGUGCUGUCACCAAGUGAACGAUCCGUCCAUAGGGCUUUACCGAAUUAUUCCAAGCUCUAUCGAUAGUUUUAAAUUUAGUAGAUAGGUCAAAUCGUGCUAGUGUCAAGAUUCUUUGUUACUUAGAGUAUCGAAAUUAUCAAGAUUAUAGACACGGGAUAAAAUUUCGUGAAUUAUAUAUCUCUCUAUAUAUAUAUACAUAUACACACACGUAUAGACAUACUUCAUUCACAUGAUAUAAAAUCAGUAUAUAUCUAUUUUCAUCUGUCCGUAUUGUCCAUUAAUCGGAAAUGGGACAUUAGCACCAGGUAGCUAAAAAGUACCAGAAGAGAAUGAACAGAAGAAAUAAGAUUUUUUUUUUUAUUAAGUAGAUAGUAAUUGCCUAGGAUUCACACUUCUUGUCUUAAUCUAAUAACCAUGGCUCGAAUGCGCUUCAUAAAAACGUACACGAUACAGAAAUUCAUAUGCGAGUCGAUUGAGCGACUAUAAUAUUUCAAUAGUCAUUCACGGAGAUAUUGCUUUAAGAUCAAUUCGACGUGUAGAAAAAGCCAGCCGUUUCUUUGCACCGAUUUGUGGUACUUUGGAGAGAGGAAUGGCGAAAUGAUAAAACGAAAAAUCGGCUAAAAAAGAAGUAAUGCCUGAAUAGAAAAGAAGUGAAAGGAGGAUACGUCAAAUGAUCGGACGAGGUGGUUAGUUACACUAGAGAUAUCCAAGAAUUCAACGCCUCACGUUGGUUCAGGGCAUUGGUCGUUGUAAUAAUAUGGUGAUACAUGGGUAUUAAGGAAUCGUCAUGAUGACAUCCCGAUGUCUAGAUUAACGUAGGGAUAUCGCGAUGUGUCUCAUGCGUAUUCAACCUAGUUAGGAACUGCUGAGUGUAUCGGUAUGACUGAUACCUGAUGAUGAUGUACAGGGCACAACCCAACAGGGCACGUACUAUAUCGAUGACCGUUCAUCGAAAGACGAACCUCGAAUUAUCAAUUAUGACGAAUUUCAUAAACGCAUGGAAAUAGACAGAACGUUGGGACGCGUCUAUUAAAUCUUUUUUUUUUUAAUUAUAUUCGAGUGUCAAAUGCUUUCGGUGGAUAGUUAGUCGAUACGAUGAAUAUUUUAUAUAUAAAUAUUUGUACAGAAGAGUAUUAGAGGUGAGUGCGAGAAAGUAAGAGAAAUUGAAAUAGCAUAUUAUAAAUAAAUAUAAAUAUAUAGAUUAUAUAUGUAUAUAUGUACGAGGUUAUCUAGUUCAACGACGUCACUCAGACUUGAUAGCUGACAUGCAAUCGUUUCGAUGAAACGUUACUAAAAAUUUCUUAAAUUCAAUUUUCAAACAGGUGUAUGUAUACUCAUGGUUUGACGUUUCGCAAUGACUGUCCUUGUCUUACGCACGCGAACGCCCAUAAGUCGGUCUCUCUCGCACACGCAGCGAGUAUAGGAAACUCCUAAAAUUCUUUACCAUUCAACAACAUCUGCUUACAUAUUAUAUGUGUAUAGGUUGCUCGCUUGUUUCGCUUACCUUGUUACUCUCGCGAUUUUUCAAUGAAAAUUCAAAAAUUUCUGUCGCGCUUGACUAGACAACAGGCCGAAAUAUCAUGAGGAAUUAAAUUAACCCCAGUUUGACAGCUGUCAAAUCUGCCUGAUGCGCCUGACCUGAAUAUCCCUGCACAUGUAGGCACACGUACACGGAUAUAUAUGAUAUAUUUAAUUACGUCGCGAGAAGAGAACGUGAAAAAAAACAUAUACACACACACUGCUGUAAAUGGUUGUAGUUAUUUAAUAACUAUUCUGUAUAUCGAGAAAUAUUUAAUAUUAUUAUUUAUUAGCUCGUAAGUAAUUUAUUGCCUUGCAUUCCAAGAGCGAAGUGGAGGAUAAAAAUGUAACAGGAACACAGGAUUACCUUAAGCGCGCACGUUAAUGAUGCUUUUGCGAAGCGAAUGCUUUUGGACGUCGCGGAGAGUAUGGCGAAUUUUGCCAGAGAAAGUUUUUUCUUUUUGAAACUUUCCCUGGCCAACAAUGAACGUCUUAUAUGUGUAACACGAGGCGGUUCAGAUUCGGUUAGUGAAUAUUUUUUCGUUGAAGCGAACCCGGCUGCCAAGUUGUCAUGAGCCAUUAACUUUCGUUAAAGUAUCAUUGACACAAUCAAUCUUUUUAGAUACCUUUUAUAUAACGAAUCAACGCGUUCAUCAUAUUUUUGUCCGGAGUCACGACUCUGCGCUUAGUUCUAAAAGUACGGUAAAGUGCCUGAUUGUAAUUACACGUGGCCUGGGGUAGUAAACGUAUCGAAAUGCACGUUUUUUCAGUUUCAUCCGAAUGAAUUCCUGGUCGCGAUUUAGUCUCUCAAUCGUAGACUGUCAAUUGUCAAUAAUUGUCAGCUACCAAGAAAAACACGUGAGAACAGAUAGAGAUGUAGAAUGAAAUACCAUAAUAGUAUAAAUGCCUGUCACGGCCUUACUAUUCGGGUAGAAGCGCCUUAUACUGUGAUUACGUUUACAAAGAGAAUAGUCGUAAAAAGUAGUGAUUUAAAAAGGGGAAUGAUGAUGAUGAUGCGUGGGAGAGCGAGAGAGGAAGAUGUUGGACAAGUAAGAGAUGUGACGAGAACGAAGACUAGGAAGUGCGAAAAUAUGAUGAAUGCCACCUCCUAGGCCUUAGGUGCACCCUGCCCACUUAUUUUUACGACAUAAAAUUAUACCAUUAUAUAUAUUAUAUAUAAAAAACAAGAAUAUAUAUUUAAUUGUAAGAAUGGAAAAUAUUGUUGAUGUUACUACGGUGUAAUGGGUACAAGUUAAAUACAUAACGAGUAUGUAUAUAUAUAUAAUAUAUAAAAAGUACAAGGUGUGAUUUCCGUGAA